AUGAAUGCGAAUAUCUUCGUGACUGGGUCAGGGGGCUAUAUUGGAGGAUCGAUUGUCGCCGACUUCGCGCGCCACAAGGGCGGUCUCCUCGAAACGGCCACAAUCCACGCCGCAGUUCGUACGGAAGAGCAAGCACGCAGCCUGUCGACAUCGACACUGGACGUCACUGUCGUCCAAAUAGACCUCAGCAAUCCAUAUGCUUUGGCCGGGUAUAUGGUCCGCAACGACAUUAGCAUCGUCAUUCAUACUGCAACCUCGAUAGAUGCAGAGGUGACGGAGAGCCUCAUAACAGCGAUGAGGAAGCGCCGCGAGACCAAUGGGAAAGCGGCUUGUUUUAUUCAUACAUCUGGGCUAUGGUCCUUUGACGAGAACAGCGGCUGGCCCUUUGGAAAAGUGAAGGAUGAUGACCCGGUGUAUUUUCUCGAGAAACAGUGUACGGAGUCGCACGUUACCUGGCAGAUUGAUGUUUCUGUCGCCGAACAAGUUCCAGCUGCCGGUUUGACAGGAAUGAUAGUCAUGCCACCAACAGUCCAUGGGCGAGGCAGCGGGACCUGGAACAAGCUCUCCCUGCAGAUCCCCGCCCUCAUCAAAGCCGCAAUUCAGCACAAGCAGGUGUACAAGUUUGCGAAAGACAGAGAAGUGGCCAUGAUCCACAUCUCCGACCUAACCGCCUUCUACGCCCUCCUUACCGAGGCCAUCCUCCAACAAAAAGACCUCCCUACCGGCCGGGACGGGUACUACUUUAUCGUCUCGCACACCGUGCGGUGGUGGGAUAUCCUCGAGCACCUCGCCGCCGCAAUGCACGCGCGCGGCCUGGUAACGGAGCCAACAGUGAAAGUAUGGCCGAACGACGAGUUCAUGGAAGAGGCACUCGGCGUUCCGGCCAAUAUGGCGCAUACCGUGUGGGAUUUUAGUCCACAGGUCGGUUGCGUCAAUAAAGACAAGGUUGGCUGGAAGCCUGUCUGGAACCGAGAGCGGUUUUUAAAGAGUAUUGACCAGGAAAUUGAUGAUUUUUUGGAGUUGGGGAUGCCGAAGAGCAGCCUCCUA